UCGAGAGGAGCAUCCAAAUGCAAGGGACAUCCACUUUAUUUCAGAUGGGCCCACAUCUCAAUACCGGAACAAAACCAACUUUUAUCUAGCCUCAACAGUGCCAUUCAUGAGAGGAUUUAAUUGUGUAACAUGGAACUUCACAGAAGCAUCCCAUGGAAAGGGUGCUCCUGAUGGAGUGGGUGGUGCCUUAAAAAAUCUGGCUGACAGAAUUGUGUCCUAUGGUACCAGCAUACCGGAUGCCAACACUCUUUUUGAACAGCUAAAUCUCAAUUCAUCUGUAAGGCUCUUUAAAAUUACGGAGGAAGAUGUCAAAACAAGUGCCGAAUUAGUACCACCAGACCUGAAGACAGUGUCUGGUACAAUGAGAAUUCAUCAGCUGACAUCAACAAAGGCAGGCCUUAUCUACACCAGAGAAGUGUCCUGCUUUUGUGAUUUUGCCUGUGGAUGUUUCAGUCCAAAAGAGUUUGACUUCAGAGACAAUGUUGAGCCAGAAAAGGAGAACACAGAGUCAGUUUUGGAAGCAGGAAAGUGGGUCCUUGUACAAUAUGAUGGAGAACUGUUUCCUGGCACAAUCACACAGAUUGUAGAUGGUCAGUAUGAAGUUGACACAAUGAGUUCUGCUGGACCGAACAAAUUUUUCAUUCCAUCCAUAAGAUAUGAGGGAGAAAAAGUGUGGUACUACUUUGAUGACAUAAAAGCAAUCAUUCCAGAGCCACAACCUGCCACAUCCUCAGCUCGACACUUCUGUGUAUUGCCUGAGAUCUGGGCAAAGUACACAAAGAAACAUGUGUAAAACAUUCAAUUGGUAAAGAUGGUAGCAAGAGAUGUUGGGGUGGUGAUAGAACCACACCAUAUAUUGUUCGUUUGCAAGGUAAUCCCAAUAUAGUAAACCAGAGUGGCAUUUAACCUACUGAAGUAUAGUUAACUGAUUUUCGUCUAUUACAAUUUCCUGUUUGCACCAAAUCCAAUGAAUUAAAUACCUUGCCAAUAUAAUUAAUUCCUAUUUGUUUUUUGUUUUGAAACAA